ACGCGCUGCGGGGAGGGGCGGAGCGAACGGGCGGGAGCGCGCGCUGGGCCCGCCUCGGCUGCUGCCGCCGCCGCAGCAGCCACCGCUGCCGGGGAAUAAUCUGGGCGGCAGCGGGCGGCCCCGGCUAGCAGCCACGAGCCACUUCUGCGGCUGCCGAGAAGAGCGAGGGUCGCCGGUCUCGUGUCGUCCCCCUCUCUGCCCCCCCGGAGGGGCAAGAGGGAGCCGAGGCUGAUGUCAGAAAUACAUUUUCGGGAAAUGGCCUCUAAAUCUUGGCUGAAUUUUUUAACCUUCCUUUGUGGAUCAGCAAUCGGAUUUGUUUUAUGUUCUCAGCUACUUAGUAUUUUGUUGGGAGAACAGAGGGACCUCCAGCCUAAUAUUCUUCAUAAUGAUCCUCAUGCUAGGCAUUCAGAUGAUAAUGAACAGAAUCAUCUAGAAGGACAGAUGAACUUUGAUGCAGAUGCUAGCCAACAUAAAGAUGAGAACACUGACAUCGCCGAAAACCUCUAUCAGAAGGUUAAAAUUCUUUGCUGGGUAAUGACAGGGCCUCAAAAUCUAGAGAAAAAGGCUAAACACGUCAAAGCUACAUGGGCCCAGCGUUGUAAUAAAGUGUUAUUUAUGAGUUCAGAAGAAAAUAAAGACUUCCCUGCUGUGGGAUUAAAAACCAGAGAAGGCAGAGACCAACUAUACUGGAAAACAAUUAAAGCUUUUCAGUAUGUUCAUGAUCAUUAUUUAGAAGAUGCUGAUUGGUUUAUGAAAGCAGAUGAUGAUACAUAUGUUAUAUUAGAAAACUUGAGAUGGCUUCUCUCAAAAUACAACCCUGAAGAACCCAUUUACUUUGGGAGAAGAUUUAAGCCCUAUGUAAAGCAGGGCUACAUGAGUGGAGGAGCAGGAUAUGUACUGAGCAAAGAAGCCUUGAAGAGAUUUGUUGAUGCAUUUAAAACAGACAAAUGUACGCAUAGUUCCUCCAUCGAAGAUUUAGCACUGGGGAGAUGCAUGGAAAUUAUAAAUGUAGAAGCAGGAGAUUCCAGAGAUACCACUGGAAAAGAAACUUUUCAUCCCUUUGUACCAGAACACCAUUUAAUUAAGGGUUAUCUGCCUAGAACCUUUUGGUACUGGAAUUAUAACUAUUAUCCUCCUGUAGAGGGUCCUGGUUGCUGUUCUGAUCUUGCAGUUUCUUUUCACUAUGUUGAUCCUACAACUAUGUAUGAGUUAGAAUACCUCGUUUAUCAUCUUCGUCCGUAUGGUUAUUUAUACAGAUAUCAACCUGCCUUCCCUGAGAAGAUGCUAAAGGAAAUAAGUCAAACAUACAAAAAUGAAGAUACAAAAGUAAAUCAGGAGCCCUUGAAAGAAAAACAUAAAUGAACAGAGGUAAAAUGUCUAACAUUGCACUGAAGAAGAACUUCUCCAUUUCUGAUAUAGAACACUGGAAUCCCAGUGAGGAAUUCUUUCUAAGUGAACAUUCCAUAUUAGAAAUUUUUCAUAUGAAUGACUGUAAACUGAAGCUUUAAGUGAGCUGUGAAGUCUGUUGAAAUGUGUUUUGAUACAGUAAUAUAUAUACGUAUAUGAAAAACUUGUGUUUUUAAAAUGGUGGCCAGGCAGAGGAACUAGAAGAGAUUUUGUUGCCUGUUCCUGACCACAUGUAUUAUUUUCACUGAGAAACUAAAACAGUUAAAUUUGCUAAAACUACACUGCACCAUUGUUAGUAACCCACACACGAUGCUACACAGAUCUGCCUUAAAGAAAAUUUAGAAGGAAAUAUUGUUGUUCAGUGUUGUUUGUAAACUCAAAGCCUGAGUUUAUAUUUGCAGUAUGAUAUAAAUGAACCAACCUCCCCGCCACGCACACACACAUGCAACUUUUGUCUAAUGAAAAUUUUGCUGUGACUAUAAUUGGCAGUAUUUCUUCCAGAAUAAGGUAGACUAAGAAUGGCACUUGACCUAAAGUGCAUUAAUAAAACCACAUUUUGAAAUUAUCAUGGGCCUUGACUGUAUUAUAUACUUGGUUCUAAUUAAUAGUUAAUCUUUUACUGAGUCCCCGUUGUCUCUUUCCUAAACAUGUUUAACCAUUCUUGA